AUGACUUCUACGAAUACUGAUUCUCUAGGGCAAACACCUAUUAAUUUGCAAGUUCAACCUCAUUGUCAAGACUUCUCUUUGCUUUUCCACGGUAACGCCAAUACGACGUCUACGGAUACAGAUUCUCCAGAUCAAAUGCCUAUUAACUUGCAAGCCCAACAUCAUGUUCCAGAUAUCUCCUUGCCUCUCCACGAUAAUUUCCAUAUGAAUCGUAGAACAUCAGGUUCUUAUUACGGACCAGUUCCGGGUGUUGGCGUUUUCAUAAAUGGACAGUUGAAUACACCGAAUCGUACUCAAGUCGAACCCCACCGAAACGGCUCGUGUCCACUCUGCGGAUAUUUCAGCGGAUAUUUUGGUACGAUCAGAAGUCGAUCUAUUGUGCAUACUUUUACGCAGAUGCGCACGCAAGAUAACGUAUUCGGCGAGCCUGAAUAUGCAAUUAUAAAAGAUGUGCGAAUUCAAUUAGUUGUAGGCAGGGUACCAGCCAAUGCUAGCAUUGGCCAAGCGUUGGCUUUAACUCAAAGUGAGAACGAGAUUUAG